AUGUCUUUUCGAACUUUAAAUUCGUCAAUCGGUUGGAAUGGGAGUGAAGUGUGGGAAGUCAGUCCCUUGGACUUGGAUGUGUUCUACAAUCCUGAUGUUGUCAUCAUCGUUCUCUAUGUUGUGGUGCUGACUGCUUCCCUCUCUGCAAACACGCUGCUCAUCUUCAUAGUCAUCAAAUUCCAGUAUAUGAGAAGACAAAGUUGA